AAACACGCACAUACACUCCUUUUCUCACUCUCUCUCUCUCUCUCUGCGCGUGUCUCACACAGACUAGGCUCUGAAUUUCUUGACCGUACGUCCACGCGAGGACCUUGUUCCCCUAAGCACUGCUCCAACACCGUAAAGCCACAGACACACCCACAGAGAGAGAGAGAGAGAGAGAGAUUCCACAAACUCGAAAGCCUGUUGUAGUUGUCAUGGGGAAGAGGAAGCGUAUUCCAAAUCCGAGCGACACCCAACCUCCCAUUUCGUCCUCUCCUUCUUCAGGUACCAUGCCUUGCUCCUCUGGGAUGGAAUUAAUGUCAGAAGAGAAACCUUUGCAUUCAGUUGACUCUAGUGAACUAAAGACUCUCGCUUCUGUCUUGGAUAUUACGGAUGGUUCAAUGAAAUUACUAAAUGCCAAUCCUACUACUGUGAAUCAUCAUCAGAGUCUUGGACGUUCAAUGUUUUUAAAACGGUCCCGCCAUUACUAUGCUCAUCAGUACUCGAGGCGCAAUGCAGCUAAUCAUGCCAAUGCAUCAACUUCUCGUGGUAAAGCUGCUUCUUUGCGUGAUGAGAGACUAUCCUUCAAGUUGGCCACUCAAUGUACCCCACAUACUGGAUAUCCUCCAGAAAACAUGGGGAAGGAAAUUUUCAGGCCAGAUAGACUUAGGUCUAGCUCCUUGGUAAUGGAUGCAGCAUCAUCAGAUGCAGUGAAGAUGGUAUGUGGGUUUUGUCAGAAGCCAUUGAGACGGAGACCUUAUUUCCUUGGAAGUAGACUGUCUUCUGGUGAACUCUCUGUGGUGGCAGUUUUAGUUUGUGGUCAUGUUUAUCAUGCAGAAUGCUUGGAGCAGAGAACAUGCCUCGACGAUAAACGUGACCCACCCUGUCCUCUGUGUCUGGGAUCGCUCUCUCAGGACUGUGACUCGGGUGGACAUGAGUAAUUGGAGAAUAUAUUAUACUUUACACUAAUUUACUGGUCAUCUAGAAGUUGCAGGACUGGUCGGUAGAUGGAAAUACAGCCAGUUUUUGUAUGAACAGCAGGGUGUAAGAAAGGGCGAGGAAUUUGGCCUUACAUUUUAUUACCUAUAACAACUUACAAGUGUUGAAGUUUUAUGUAUUUCACUUGGUUUUAUUGCAAGUUUUUCCAUAGGCAGAUCAGAGUGACCGGCUUAUGUUUAUCUGAAGAGAGAGAUUGCUUGUUCACGUUUUUAUUUUAUUUUGGCACCAUAAAUAAUGUAAUCUUCUGUUAUUAUA